GCCUGGAGCUCCAUCUGUGUGUGUGUGUGUGUGUCUGGCUGCUGAUCAGGUGGAGAUCAAUCUUCUUCAGAGAGCGGAGAUCCACCACCGGACCCUGCUGCUCCAGCCUGGCUCCCACUCCUGCACGGGGAUCUCCCCGGACUACCGGCUGCACCCACCGGCUGCAGGACAGUGCCAGCCCCGGUCCUGGUCCCGGUCCUGGUCCCGGUCCUGGUCCUGCAGACUUCAGCGCGGCGGCGGCGGCGGCAGCAGCAGCAGCGGAUGCGGUUCAUGACUGAGUUAUUUUGCGUCACAGGAGGCAGCAGGAUGCUGUGGCUGCUGCUCUGUCUGCUUCCUGUGGCGAGCUGCAGCUCCACCGAUGCUCAGGACGCCGUAUACCUGGAAAAACCAGACCAUGAGUCAGUCGCCGUGACGACAAGGCCUCACAUCUUUAACUGUCGCUCGAAAAACAUGGAGGACUUCGCCUGCUGGUGGCGUCCAUUGGACAACCUGACAGAGACGGAGGAGGUCACCUACGUCCUAACCUACUCCAUAGAACAGGGGCCCAGUCAUGAAUGUCCAGACUACACGAGCGCUGGUCCCAACAGCUGCCACUUUGACAAAAGCCACACCAACGUGUGGAAGAUCUACUGCAUCAACGUGACGGCCGUCACCGCCCACAGGAACUACACUUCCCAGCAGCGCUGCCUGGACAUAGCAGAUAUUGUUCAGACCGAAGCUCCAGUCAACCUGACCUACCAACUGGAAGACACCGGUGGACACGAGGUGGGACACACUGCACAUCUGUCCUGGGAGUACCCGGAACCAUCGGACCUGCAGUACGGCUGGAUCACACUGCUCUACGAGCUGCAGUACAGAAGUGUCGACGAGUCAGAAGACUGGAAGGUUAAAUUCCCGCUGAACGAGCCUCACGUGAAGCUGCUCGGCCUCCCCGUCGGUGACUAUGAGAUCAGAGUUCGCUGCCGUUCAAAAAACUAUGGCCUGUGGAGCAAAUUUAGCUCCCCACUGUUCAUGAGCAUCCCAUCCAAAACAACCACAGGGAAGCUGGUGGUGAUGAUCCUGGUGACGAGCGUCAGUGUGGUGUCUCUGCUGGUCAUCGGCUUUGGUGUUGUUCCACAGAGCAGAAGAAUAAAAGACUUCUUCCUGCCGCCGAUCCCUAAACCGAGGAUCAUGGGCAUCGACCCGCUGCUCCUGGAGAAGGGUCACCUGGAUGAAAUCAACCGUCACUUCAGCACCUUCCACAGCUACUGUCCUCCCAGCUACACAGAGGACGUGUGGGACCAGGUCAGCACCGACAGCUUGUGUUUCUCCGUGUCAAAGGACUCCAGUGUCCCGGCAGCCAACACAGACCAGGACAAAGAUCCUCUCAUGGUUCCAUGUGACAUAAAACCUGUCGCUGCCCGUGUUCAGGUUCUGGCCCAGAACCCGUCCUCAUACGUGCAGAGUCCGUCUCCGUACUGCUCGUCCCCUCCCGACGCCUUCACUCCUCCACUUCCUGUCUCGUCUCUGUGGCCAAACCCCGAGCUCCCGCCGCUGCCGGACUACAACGUGAUCGGACACGACAACUCUUUAACUCCUCCCGACUCCACCGCCGUCACCGCCGGGCACUCCCCCCCGGACUUCUACACCUGCGUCCAGCUGGUCAAUGAAAGCAGUCAGCUGCAUCUGGUGCCGUACAUCUCCACGCCCUACUGCAGCGAGUUCCCGCCUCCGCUGGGCGUCGACGUCAGCGCGGGCGAGAAGGAAGAAAAGAAGAAGAAGAAACUCGCAGAAUACCAAGCCAGGAAGAAUGUGACCAAUGAGCAGAAAUAGGCUGAGAGCGGCGGUGAAGUGGUCGUGCCUCUGCUGCCCGUCGCCGUGGACAACUAAAGCUAAGCACAUGCACAAAAACACUCUGUUGUUAACGUCACACUUAUUUAAAUGUCGUUGAAUUUCAAACGUGACAAAAAAACACGUUCUUGCUCCAAGAACACGUGAUGUUUGACAUGUUUUACUCUCUGUUUCUCUGCUCACACACACGGACCAAGAUCUGUUCAGGUGACAUGUUCUUAAAGGAAUAGUCUGGGAUUUCUUUGAAGCCUGGUCGUACACAGAUCCACAUUCUCAGUGAAAACAUGACUGAUUUUACUAUUACUAUUUCACUAUUUAACAGACUUUUCCAACAGGAAAGUGCAGUUUGUAAACCACUCACUCUCCCACACCAAAGCCCAUAGAGGAAAUCAGUGCUUUUAACAUCACAGCACACACAAGUUGUUGAUCCACUGCUGCCUCCAUCACUAAGUUCAAAUGUCUUAUUUUGUUAAUUCGGCAUUUUGAUUAACUUCAGUGACACAAAGUGGCCACACGAGGCAGCAGAAGACUAGCAGCUCCUGUGUUCCUGUGAGCUAAAAUCACUGCUUUUCUCUAUGGACUUUGGUGUGGGAGAGUGAGUGGUUUACAAACGUGAGUUUCCUGUUGGAAAAGUGUCUCACUGUGAGAUAAAGACGUGAACAUGUUCUUAAGAUAUCAUGGACUUGAGUUUAUUAAAUGAGAGUAAGAAUUUUUCCAAACCCACAACCUUUCAUUGAAGAAAAAUAACAAUAAAUCUAUAAAAAGUAAGACAGAAAAAAAGUCAUAAUCACAUGAUCAUUAUCACAUGUUGCUUCUCUUUAUCUGUGCUUGUCUUUAUAAAACUCACUUUCAGGGUCGUCCAUCUUUUCUCAGGAAAAUUAAAAAGUGCAAUGUCCUUUGAGGUGUGGAGCAGACUUGAUUGACAGCUGGAAACAUUGUUGAGUUACAGUUUGUAAUGUUCCACAGGAAAAUAAGCUCGUUUUUCUUUAACCACACGUCGUCUGUUAGUCGUCCUGCUGUUGAACUGAUGACAGAGAGAGUUUUUCAUGUCCUCGCUCGUGCUGUAAACUCAGGUCUGAUGACAUUUUUCCUGCUUUACAUGUUGGCAAAAAAGUGCCAAAAAAGACAAAGUGACAGGAAGUGACGCCUGCGAGCACCAAAGACGAGGCACAGAGCGUCAGACUUUUCACCAUGAACUCUUUUACGCCUUCACAGCUGGGAAAGUUGUUGAUGUUUUCAGUGGUUUAGAAUAGUGAUUGAAUUUAAUGUCAGUGUUUUCAAAAUAGACUUUUCCAACAGGAAAGUGAAGUUUGUAAACCACUCACUCUCCCACACCAAAGCCCACAGAGAAAACCAGUGAUUUUAACAUCACACACACAGGAGUUGUUGAUCCACUGCUGCCUCCAUCACUGAGUUCUAAUGUCUUAUUUUUUUAAUUCAGCAUUUGAAUUAUUUAAUUUAGACUUACCUCAGUGACACAAAGUGACCACACGAGGCAGCAGCAGAUCAGCAGCUCCUGUGUCCACGCAAGCUAAAAUCCUUGAUUUUCUCUGUGGGCUUUGGUGUGUGAGAGUGAGUGGUUUACAAACUUCAGUUUCACCGUCAUCACCUGUGAUGAUGAAGAGCUCAGUCCGCUGUGAUGUCGUGCUGUCUGUGUGUUUGUCUCAGUGAUCUCUGUAUGUGCCUUUUUGUUCAAAAUGAAUGUGCCGCCUCACGAAUGUGUCAUUCACUCGUUCACCGUGACACAGUGAGCUCAGCACACACUGUGUCCUCUCACACUGAUGCGCUUUGGGUUUUUGUUUCAUGCAAUAAAAACAUCAAACG